GAAGAGGAAGUGAAAUUUAGUUUCUUUUAUGCUUCGAAGCAGCAGCAGUAUGCUAAGAAAUAAGAAGACUCAUCCAGUGUUACAGAGGCUUGUAUAUUAAUUCGUCUGUCUUGAUCGCUUAUCCAGAAGAACCACGGAUGUCGACAGUAUGUCAACAAAACUAUGGAUAGUACUUGGUGUGGUUAUUCUGUCAACUCAGUCGUUCGCUCAAGAGGCUGUUUUGCACCUUUCCAAUGAAGCCGUCGACAGAGAAUAUUGUCUUGUUUACAAUGCCUCUUGGUCGAAUAUCUCCACUUCUCUGAGAGAUGCGGUGAAGUACCAGGUGGUGAAUUUGGUCACCAGCUUCCUAUGUGACUCCACCAACGUCCCCGAUGUGACGGGCAAAGCCCUGGUUGUGAUGAGGGGCCAGUGCGACUUCAGCCAGAAGGCGCUGAUAGCCCAGGAACACGGAGCUACCGCCCUGCUCAUUGCCAGUAACAAGUCUAUGAGUCCACCAUCAGCAAAUGACUCCGAAUACGCCAAAGUGAAGAUCCCCCUGGCCCUCAUGCGCUAUCGAGACUUCGCUGAUGCCCAGCAGGUCUUUUCAGGUAAAGAGAUGACUGCGCAGCUGUAUGCACCCCCUGUGCCCAUGUUUGACGUCAGCAUCAUUGUGAUGCUGUGCAUCGCCGUGGUUACAGUUGCUCUGGGCGGAUACUGGAGCGGAGCCUCUGAAAAGGAGAAACAGAGUGAAAGCUCUUUCCUUGGCACGACUGAGGAGUCGUCCAAUAAUGGAGAGCUAUCCCUGUACUCUCCUCUGAAGGUCGUCAUCUUCGUAGGCCUCAUGUGUAUCAUGCUGGUGCUCAUGUACUUCUUCUACAAGUAUCUUGUCUAUGUUAUCAUCGCCAUCUUCUGUGUGGCCUCGGCCACGGCCCUCUACAGUUGCCUGGACGCCCUGCUUGACAAGGUCGGCUGUGGAAAGUGCAGUUUCUCCUGCCGGAGCAGAGCGGUUCCUGUCAGAUCGCUGCUGCUGGCUGCUCUGUGCGUCAGUGUGGCUGUGGUCUGGGGAGUGUACAGGAACGAGGACAGAUGGAUCUGGAUACUCCAAGACCUGUUGGGCAUUGCCUUUUGUCUAAAUUUCAUGAAGACCAUCACCCUGUCAAACUUCAAGAUCUGUGUGAUCCUGCUGGGCCUGCUGCUCCUCUACGAUGUCUUCUUUGUCUUCAUCACGCCUUUCUUCACCCCGAAUGGGGAGAGCAUCAUGGUCCAGGUUGCGCUGGGACCUGCAUCUGCUGGGGAGAAGACUGAGGGUAACAUUGUGGAAGUGCCAGCCGACCCUACGCCCACCUAUGAGAAACUGCCGGUGGUGAUGCGAGUGCCCAGGUUCUCGGCCUGGGCUCAGAACCUCUGCGGCAUGCAGUUCUCCAUCCUGGGAUACGGAGAUAUCAUAGUGCCAGGUCUGCUGAUUGCCUACUGUGCCAGAUUUGAUAUCUGGAGUGGUAGCUCCAAGAGGAUCUACUUCAUCACCUGCACAAUAGCCUAUUUCUUGGGGAUGAUGGUGACGUUUGCGGUCAUGCUCCUCUCCAAGAUGGGCCAGCCGGCUCUGCUGUACCUGGUGCCCUUCACACUCCUCUCCAGCGCCGCCGUGGCCUGGAGCCGCAAGGAGAUGCGCCAGUUCUGGUCAGGAACCACUUACCAGGUGUUGGACUCUUCCAGGGAGCCUUUAUUACAAGAUGAACAACCGGGAUAUGCCAGUGGGGAGCGAAAAUGCUAACUGUCAACCAUAACACUCUGUGUGUUUGUAUCAGUACACUUACCAUUUUAUAUACGCACACCACACUUGUCAAACUAACAAAGGGACUUGGGUGAAGACACACCUUUCCUGUUGAUCAACACAAAUCACAUUUUUAAAAACAAAUUUAGAUCUUAAAUAGGAACUUAGUGUGGUGAUUUCUUGAUGUGCUAAAUUGUUUGUGUGCUUCUGUGUAAUCAUUUUGGAAUAUCAAAGAAAUACUGCUGAAAACAGUUUGCACCAGUGACCGACUACCGUGACUGGCUGACGCACUUUAAUUGUUUGAAAUGUGUAUUAUUAUUUAGCAACAAAAUAAUGGUUUGAUGAACAGUUUUGUAGCACUCAUUUUUUUCAAAGACAUCAUGAUGUACAUUUAUGACGACUGGGGAUUUGUUAAGAAAGGGAGGGGCCUUAUUACUGCCUUAAAUUGGGUUUUAUUUUAUGGUUUUUAUGUCAUUCUUUCCAAGCUACUGAUUCACAAUAAAUAUUGAUGCUGAUUAAA